GUCUCCUGUCGUGUGUGAAGUGGAAGACAACAGGACGCAGCUUGAAGUGCUCUGUUACUUUUCCGAUGUCGAGAAUCAUGGGAGCCAGAUCUCUUUCUUCAGAUAGUUGUCGAUCACUCUCUUCCAGGUCUUCGCUCUUUCAAAGAUCCAGUGCUCAGAUUCCCAGCGAAUUUGAACGCCAGGUAAGGCGAGUAUGCAAAUCGGGCGAACUGAACCUUGAAGGUGCUCUUUUUUACUUCGAUAAGCUUAUUGAGACAAGACCCAUCCCUUCGAUCGAUACUUUUAACCAUGUGUUGGGUUCGGUCUCGAAGCUCAGAGCGUAUUCGGAAGUGCUGUCCAUGUAUAAGAAGAUUAGGUACGAAGGCGCGAAUUCUGAUUUGUAUACAUCGAAUAUUGUGAUCAAUGCUUUUUGUCAUUUGAGGAAAAUAGAUUAUGGGAUUGGAGUUUUGGGUGAUAUCAUGAAAAGAGGUCUGGAAGCUAAUUCAGUGACAGUCGCGACUUUGGUGAAAGGACUGUGUUCGGAAGGGAAAGUUUUUGACGCAGUUCAAGUGUUUGAUAAAAUGUCCAAGAGCGGGUUUCGUGAGGAUAGGGGUUGCGAGGCUAGUGCCCGUAGUUCUUACGUGCUGAUCAUCCAUUCACUUGUCAAGAACUGUUCAGUGGACAGAGCAAUGGUUGUAUUUCGGAAAAUGAUAGAUAAUGGAUUUGCCCCUGGUGUUAUUGUCUUUGGUAACCUCAUUAAUGGGUUGAGUAGCUCGGGACGAUUACGUGAGGCACUCGAACUGUUUGAUGAGAUGGUUACUCGAGGAAUCUCUCCGGAUGUGAUCAUUUACAGUUCUUUGAUUCGUGGAUACUGCAAACUAGGAAUGUGGGGAGAAGUUGCAAAGACGAUCCAGAAAAUGGCAAGAGAGGGUGUUUCACCGAAUGUUUAUACUUAUAAUAUUUUGAUUGAUAGUCUGUGCAAAGUCAAGGAGGUGAAUGAAGCGAUUGAAGUGUUCGAAUCCAUGUUGGAUCAAGGCAUCGAGCCCAAUAUAUAUAUCUAUAACUCGCUGUUGACUGGUCUUUUUACGGUCAAAAGGUCAAACGAUGCCGCUGAGUUGUUUGUAUCAUUGAGACAGGGAAACCUUCGACCUGAUGUUGUUACCUACAGCACAAUGAUCGUUGGCUAUUUCAAGCAUGGAGAAACUAAGGAAGCAUUGAAGCUACUAAGAGAGAUGAUUCAGGAAGGGUUGAAACCUGACGAGUUUACUUAUACCAUCCUUAUUCAUUAUGCAAGCCAAUCGGGAGAUCUGCAGGCUGCGCAAGGAAUUUUUGAUUCAGCAUACAAGUCUGGUCAGUCUCAAGUCUUGGUUUCGUCUCCCUCGUGUGGAGCACUCCUUAAUGGUUUGAUAAAAAAUGGAAAACUGGAAGAAGCUCGGAUAAAAUUUGAUGAAAUUCUAGGUUUGGGUUUGGUGCCUGAUGUUGUAACCUACAACAUUAUGCUCCAUGGCCUCUGCAAAAGUAAGAAGCUAUCUGAAGCGAGAGAGUUGCUUGUUGAUAUGGAGGCAAAGGGUUGUUCUCCGGAUGCCAUUUCAUUCAACACGGUUAUUUGGGGUUUCCUUAAGGGUGGUGAGAUUGAAGAUGCAGUCCAACUUCUUGAGAGCAUGCUUGAGAGGAACUUUUCUCCCGAUAAGGGUAUUAAGUCCAAGUUAAGUCGCAUCCUUGCAGAUUCCAAGGGUUGUAGAACCCUUCAGGCACUUGUAGACGUUUACGGAAAGGAGAUGUUCGAGUAAAAUUGAUAUCUGUGUGAAGUCCAUUCAACCAGGCUUCUUUAGGAGAUCAUGCAAGAACAGCAGUGGUUUCAACUUGUCAUUGGGCGUGAAGUAUAAAAGAUGCGGUUAUAUAUAUAUAUAUAUAUAUAUAUAUAUAUUGAUUAUGUUUUUUAUAAAAAAGUCUGCAGUUUCCCUACGGAUUUGAAUUCGAGGUGAGGCGACUAUGCAAAUCGGGCGAAUUGAACCUUGAGGGUGCCCUUUUUUAUUUCGAUAAGCUUAUUGAGACAAGACCCAUCCCUUCGAUUGAUACUUUUAACCAUGUGUUGGGUUCUCUCUCGAAGCUCAGAGCGUAUUCGGAAGUGCUGUCCAUGUAUAAGAAGAUUAGGUACGAAGGCGCGAAUUCUGAUUUGUAUACAUCGAAUAUUGUGAUCAAUGCUUUUUGUCAUUUGAGGAAAAUAGAUUAUGGGAUUGGAGUUUUGGGUGA